ACCGGGUCGUGGAAGAAUUCCUACCGGGUCGCGAGAAAGUUCUGGGGAAAAUGUGUAUAGAUAUGACGCUCUGUUAUUUAUUGUGCAUAAAUGAUUUUUCUAAUUACUCUUUAUUUUCGUUGUAUGCGAUUGAUAUCGAGUAGCAAUUUGACGAUGGUUAAAUUAGUAAAUAAAAGAUUGCUCUGAUCUGUCAUAGGGCUUAAACGGAUCGCAGUUGAUCCGUGAUAUACGGACCAGGUCCAGACCCCACCGUUCGGCAUGUGAUUCGCAGAUUAAUUUGCCAAUUUACACGUUCAAUCUACUUAAAACCACAAGAAGAAACGAAACAGAACUCAAUUCGUUACUUGCGCGCUGUACUCGCACACACCCGAAGCGCGCACAAGAGACGUGUUUCAGACACUGCGGCAUACCGAAUCGAUUCCUCUUUCAUGUAUUCAUGUAGUUUAUACAGUAGAAGGCGAGCCAAUGGAUAUCACACAAGCAACGCGCAAACUUUGCGCAAUAGUUAUGCCGGUGAACGUCUUAACUUCAGUCAUACAGAAAGUGAAAGUAAAAAAACUGACGGAGCAUUAAUAGCGCAUAUUAUCUCAGAGACAAGAGACGAAUCUACUUCAACAUGUGCUGAUAACAGUAUAAAUGAAUAGAGCUGUUUUAAAGACCCUAUCCACAACCCCCCCCCCGUCCGCGGUGUAAAAAAGGUUGGAAACCCCUGUUUUAGAGCAUCAUCAGAUUUUCUAUUCAGUCUGUUAUGUUCAUAAUUGUGCAUGUUGGAGUGUCUAAGCAGCUCAUGAUGAGAUGUGGUUCCGCCCCUCUGCGAGUUGACCAAUCAGCGCGCGGUAGCACGUGAACGCGCACAGCUGAUUGUCCCCGGAGUGACUUCUGCGCGAGGAGGAAAGUUUCUUCAGGAUCGGAUCAUGACGAUCGUUUGCUGUGACGUCAUGCUGGAAAGAGAAUCUCUGAUUUGACGCCGAGUCUCUUGUUUCUGUCAUGAUGUGUGAGUUUGUGUCCAGCGCCGUCGACCUGAAGCACAGAUCUUCAUGCAUCCAGUGCUCUAAAGUCUGCGGCUUCAUCCUCCUCCUCGUCUUCAUCACGGCCUCUUACAUGCUGUCCAGCGAGAGGAAGACUCUGCUCUUCGCUCUGUAUCCGCUCGAGGAGGACCUGAGUGAAGACGCCCUCAGAGACGUGGUGCGCAGCAUCGCAGCUAAAGUGAGGUUCAGAGCCAGACGGGUUCCUGACGUCAGCGAGCUGAUCCGCCUCGAGGAACACAUGUUCUCUGUGGUUCCGCAGCACUUUCUGCCGGAGGUUAAGAACCCCUGCUGGUUCGAGGAGCUGCGUGGAAACGUGAGCACGGAUCCGUACGGAUCAAACCUGUUCGGCCGCUCCUUCAGACAGAUACAGCUCAUCUUUGAGCAGCUCAGCGGCUCGUUCAGACAGCGAUUGACACGGCAUGAUGGGAAACUGCAGCGGCUGCGCUGUCUUCCCUACUUCUACAUCAUCGGCCAGCCCAAGUGUGGCACGACGGAUCUGUACGAGCGGCUGAGGCUUCAUCCGGACGUCCGGCUCACGCUGCCCAAAGAACCGCACUGGUGGACCAGGAAGAGGCUCGUGUGUGUGUGUGCAGGAAUCAUUCGUUCCGGUGAACGUCCACACACGCGUUUCCCGCUUGAUCAUUAUUUGGACCUGUUUGAUCCAGUGGCCUUUCAGGUACUGCAAAGCCUUCUGGGAAACUCCAGCAGCAGCAUCAUCACCGGUGAGGCCAGCGCUUCCACCAUGUGGGACAACAAUGGCUGGCUGUAUCUCCAUGGCAACAGCACAGGGGCGGAGCCUCCGUGGCUCGUCCAGGACUUCAUUGGUGCGCUGCAGCCGGAGGCGCGGUUCAUCGCCGUCCUCAGAGACCCCGUGGAGAGGUCAGAGGUCACCGCACGGCUGUAUUCAGACUAUUUGUACUUCGGCACAUCUAAUAAAUCAGCGCUGGAUUUCCAUCAGAAGGUGUGUGAGUCUCUGCGGAUGUUCGAGGGCUGUCUGCGGGACGCCGGGCUCAGAGCGUGUGUGUACAACGGCACACUCAACCAUGCCAUGAGUGUGCGUCUGCAGGUGGGCCUGUAUGUGGUGUUUCUUCUGGACUGGCUGUCAGUGUUCAGCCGUGAUCAGCUCUUAGUCUUGCGUUUGGAGGAUCACGCUUCAAACCCGGCGCUCAGCAUGAACAGGAUCUUCCGCUUCCUGCGCUUAGGAGCGCUGUCUGAUCACAGACAGAGACAGAUCAGCAAGCGUCCCGCGUCGAACACCAGACGUGCGUCCGACAGGGAUCUGGGGCCGAUGCGGCCGGUCACACGAGAGCUGCUCACCGUGUUUUACUCUCCGUUCAAUCAGAAACUGGCCGAGGUUCUGCGGGACGAGACGUUCACGUGGGACACACACAUCACAUCACGCCUGAGAGAGCCUGUGGACCAUUCUUGAUUCACUGCAUGAGUGUAGCUGGAAGUAUUUUUGUAAAUGAUGAAGUAUUUUUAAAACAGAGAAAAACA